AUGUCUUUCGGCUUCGCUGCGUCCACCCCCGCUGGGGGCGGCGCGGAGCUUGGCUCUGAGCUGCCUGAUGUCUUUACCGAUGAAGUCGGUUUCAAGGGUGUCUCAGGCGACGCCAACGUUCGAUUCCUACCGUCUGCCUGGCCCGACGACGCCCUUCCAGCUCCGACCUCUUCUCUUCUGGCCGUCGCGCAUACUAAAGGCUUGAUUGUUGGGGCUGGUCCAGAUGCGCUCGCAAUCAGCAGUAAUGAUGCUGUCCGCAAGGCUAUUGAGGCGCCUGCCGGAGAAGACAUGGAGAAGACCAAGGCCUUCCAACCUCAUGCUACAAUCCCUCUCCCUGCGCGCCCUACUCAUAUCGCAUUCAGCCCCGAUGACCAGCACUUGAUUCUAGCAACAGAGAAUGGCGCUUCCAUUUCAAUUUUUGAUACCACAAGUCUGACGCAGGGUAACGCGCAACCUGGGAUGCAGAUCCCUACGAAUGGUGUGUCGCUCCGCGCUCUCGUGCCGAACCCUGAUCACAGUUCCGCGCUUGUCGCGCUGGUCACCGUUAAUGGUGAUCUCCUUAUCGCUGAUGUCAAGACCGGCACCACGAUAGAGGGAGCCAACGGCCCGGUCCUGAAGUCUGGCGUGAGCUGUGUUUCAUGGAGCAACAAAGGCAAGCAGCUUGUGGCUGGAUUGGCCGAUGGUACUGGUUACCAGAUGACCCCAGAUGGCACGAAGAAGGAUGAAAUUCCCCGACCCCCUGACCUUGAAGGCGAAUGCCAUGUCUCAUCCGUCGCAUGGCUGGAAAAUGACGUCUUUUUCAUAGUCUACACACCGAACACCCUGGAAGAUGACAUGGGAAUGAACCCAGCAUCUUCUUACUACAUCAUUACUCGACGCAAGCAGGCGCCAUUCUUGAUUCAGAAAUUGCCUGAGAUUUGCUCGACCAUGGGCUUCACCCUGAAGCGCGCGCCGGCGUACCAGUUCAUCACAAGGAUCAGAGAUUACAAGCCUGACUUGAAGGACGUCUUGAUUGUUUCGUCAACUGUGUCCACUGAUGUCGGGCUGAUUACUAGAUCAGAUAAGCCUCUAGCGAACGAUGAGAGAACUAAGUUCCAUGUCGGACAAUUUAUGACCACUGAGGUUUCGGAUGAUACAAAGCGCGCCAGUGUCCCUUUGAAAGACUCCGUCGAUGAGACCUCGGUCAUUGGUCUGGCACCAAACCUUUCAGCCACUGAACCUGUAUCGGACCCGCUCCCAGGUUCAGAUAUCUCCGAGAGUUCAAGUCCUCUUCCUGGACUGUUCCUUCUGAACAACGAUGGAAUCCUUUCAUCGUGGUGGCUUCUCUAUUCCGAAGCCAUUCGUCAGAACACCCCAUACUCCGGACUGGUUUCAGCUGGCCAGGUACCACAGGCACAAGCACAGGCUCAGCCUGCAGCGCCCGACGCAGCCCCAGCGGGUGCAAGCAAAACUUUCUUCGCACCGCCAGCCCCUAGCCAUCCCUCUUUUGGCUCAAGCGGUUUCGGACAGCCAACUAGCGGACCUGCUACCUUUGGUAGCCCGUCGCCCCUUGGUGCAUCGACAAUGGGUGCGACUACCUUUGCCAAGACAUCAUUCGGUAGUGGAAGCCCUGCACCAGCAUUCGGAACAACUUCGACACUGGCACCGAUCACCCCAUCUCAGCCCGGCGUCCAAUUCGGACAGUCCGGCUUCGGAAAGCCCAGCCUUCCUAGCCCCCCCAAAAAUCCAUUUGGUGCCAGUGGUGCAUCCACUGGGGGAGGCUUCAGUAAGUUUGGAAGUGGCGGCGGCUUCAGUAGCUUUGCUGCAGCGACCCCAGGCAAGUCGCCGUUCGCCCAGGCUGGCUCUGGAGAAAGUCCUUUCACUACGGCUAAAUCCAGUGAACCGCCGGUCAGUCAGCCGCCUCCCGCAGGUAAUCCUUUUGGUGCGAGCCAGUCGACGGAAUCCCCCUUUGCAACGGCUUCUUCUGGACAGACGCCUUUUGGUGCGGCCAAGUCAGACGACUCACCAUUUUCUAAGCCUGGCCCGAGUGCUUUUGGUGCGAGCAAGUCAUCCUUUGGCAAGCCCGCUUUCGGUGCAAGCGAGCCAAAUGAGUCACCCUUUGGCAAGCCUGCUUUCGGUGCGAGCAAGCCAACUGAGUCACCCUUCGGGAAGCCCGCUUUCGGGGAGAGUUCUUUCUCCAAAAAAUCGGUGUCAGCCUUUGACAAGCCCAAGUCCGAAACAACCUCUGCUUUCGGAGCUGGGCCAGGUGGAUUCCAGCUUAAAUCCAAUUUCAAAGGUGAUGGCUCGGCCGUCAAUGACUCUCCAAAAACAGACAAGCCUUCUUCGGGGGCAUUCUCAUUUGGUGGAUCCUUUGACGAGAUGGUGUCGACACCGAAAGAAGGGAGCUCCGACAGUGAGGAUAUGGACGACGAAUCGGACGAGGCUCCGCCUACAAGCAACGAGCCAUUCUCCAUCUUCGGUGGACCCAAACCCACUGGAACACCUCCCACUUCGCUAUUCGGCUCCAAGAAGGACUCUUCCAAGACCACGACUUCGAGUGAAACCAACAAGACCUCUUUCUCAUUCGGCAGCCUUUCCUCCCAGAAUCAGGUGACAAGUCCCUUGUCAGCGCCUUCCGAUAAAACUGAGACGCCAAAGAAAGAUCAGCUCGAGGCUCCGUUGCCCCCCGACCCCACUAGCCGGGCUACUUACGCUCCGGGAGACACCUCGGCUUCCUCGAACGUUUCAAAGAGCUCUGUAGAGGAUGGUCCUCUUCCUCCAGACGCCACGAAGAAGACCACAUCUCUCAAAGAACCCACUGAUGCACCACUGCCUCCUGACUUCAUGUCUAAGAAGAAGUCUGCGCCCCAAGAAGACGAUGCUCCUCUUCCUCCUGACUUCAUGAGAAAACCUAAGGAGUCCGAUCCUUCUGCUAGUCCCGAGGACGCGCCGUUACCACCGGACUUUGCUCCCUCGAAGCCCAAGACUGAAGCCGCCGAAGAAACGGUGCCAGUACCAGAUGAAGAUUCUGACGCAGAUGAGUCCAAUUUCAGUGAUAGUGGUGAGGAGAUCACCCACGAGGAGACUAAGUUUCCUAGUCCUAAGCCAUCUGUGGAGAGCUCAUUCGGUGCUCCAUCCGAAAAGAGCUUUACCGGAGGACUGUUCAGUGGUAUAGCCAAACCCGGACACGGAAAAGGACCGCUGCCAAGACAGCUCUUUGGUGAGAUUCCAAAGCAGCCUCUUCUUCCCCCUCCCGGACCUGCUGCUCAAAGUAUUCACGAACCUCACCGGUCACCUAGCCCAACUCGGGGCGGCUCCCGUAAGGAAGUAAUGUUCUCAGAGAGACCACACAGCCGCAAGGAGUCUACUAGUGCGCUACACUCUCGGAAGACCUCUUUGACACACCUUGCGCAGCGUGAUGGGCACCUGAGAAAGGCCAGUGAUAUUGCUCGCGAAGAGCAAGAACGAGCCCACGCUGCUGCUCAGCGCCAGGCAUUGGAAGAGGAAGAGCUAGCUCUGUCUGACGACGACGAAGAUGAGAGACUUCGUAAUGAGCUCGCUCAACCUAUCGAACCCGCCGACACGCUUGAUCCGUUCCUACCCCACCAGAACUAUAUGGGUGAGACAGCAAAGCCAGGUAUCCCUGGACAGAUCGAGCUACUCUACCGGGACUCCAAUUCGAUGGUUGACACCGCUGGCAUUAAUGCCCGUUCAGUGAAGGCCUACCUUGCCUAUCACCAGCCCGCGCAGGAGUCCGAUGACUCCAAGUGGGAUUACAUCCUCCAGAGUGAACACCCGAACGAUAUUCUGGAUGUCAAGUUAUUCUUCAAGGACAUCGAAAAUUUCGACAAGAUGGUUGCUACUAUCUCCCGCUCGCUUGAGUCUCAACGUGUUCAAGGAGUAGAUGAGAAGCUGCAGGAAUGCCGCGACUUGCUCACCAAGCAAGUGAUCACAUUGCGAAGCCAGUUUGCCGGAAUUCGCAAGACCCUUGAUGCGCACACAGAUAUUGGGGCCAUCCUCGAAGCGCCGCUUUCCGCUGAGCAGUCUACACUCCAACUCGAUCUCCGAACCGCGUUCACAGAUAUUCAGGCCAAGCUGGCCGACAUCGAGCAGGCUGUGUCGCUCCUACGUGCCCAAAUCGCGGAUGUCCCUCGAGCCAAUGGAGCCAGUGGUAACCGCCCUACGGUGGAGACUGUUAUCAAGACACUCAAUACCAUGAUGACCAUGACGGAGAGCAAGCGGACCGAUGUGGACGUCAUUGAAUCACAGAUGCGCCGGCUUGGCAUUGAAUCUACCACUGUGGCAUCUCCCAGCCGUGAAGGGUCUCCAUUCACCACCCCCCGCAAGACCGCGGGUCGAGUACCUAUGACCCCGGGCUCGCGUGGUUCUCUGGAUGGAAGCGCGUACCACACCCCCGAGUCCGCCACUCGCGGUCUCAAUUUCCGGGCUAGCAUCAUGGGCUCAGCCAAACAGAGCCGACUCCGAAGCGUGGAAGGGGCAGGCGAGUUUGACGUGGCGGCAGAAGAAGCCACCCGCUGGAAGACUAAGUCGGCUCGUCGGCAGCACUUGGUGCAGAACCUCAAGAACGCCAUCGAGGGGAAAAAGACCAAGGUGCGCGGCGUUGAUGAUCUGUGA